UGUGUAUUAAAUAAAAAUUUUAUUUUGCAGAGUGAGGAUAUCAGGAACUUUCUUGAAGUGGCCACAGCAUUAGACCCACGCUUCAAACUAAAUAUUGGUGGUGAUGAUGAUGCUGUCUGGGACCGAAUCAAAAGAGACCUGAUGAAAGACUCAGAGCAUGAGCAGCAGUCAACAGAGGACGAUUGUGGAGAAGGUAGUGAGAAAAGGGAUGAGAAUGAUGAAGUGGAGGAGGAAGAUGAGAACCAACAACCUCCAAGCAAACAUCCAAGAAAGUCUCCAUUGGAGGAGCUUUUUGCCGAUGAGGAUGCAGAAAAGAUGUCAUCUCAUAGGAGGACCAUGUCCAUCCAGGACCAGGCAGAGAAGGAGAUCCAGAUGUAUAAGGAGACAACACCAACCUUUACGUCUGAUGACCACGCUGCCUGGUGGUGGAACCAGCGCAUGACUUAUCCUUUAAUGUCAAACACCGCCUUUUCGUAUUUGUGUGUUCAGGCCUCCUCUACACCUAGUGAACGGGUGUUCUCAACUGCCGGUGACACAAUCUGUGCUGAACGUUCACGGAUACUGCCUGAGAAGGCAGACAUGCUCAUAUUUUUGAACAAGAACUGUUUUUAAUUUAAUGAGUUAGUUUAUACAUGUCCAGACCAGGGUGCAAGUUCUGUAAUAUAUAAAUAUAUGUGUUUUUUGGUCUGGUGCGUUCCUAAUUUUCUCCUACAUAAGCUUCAGUUCCCAAAACUAAAACUCAUUGAAUCAGAAUAAACAUUUCCUCUGUGAAAUGAGCCUGU